AUGUGCAAGACAUGCAAAGGUUUUCAUGCUUCAUCUAAAUGUCCUAAUGGUAAUAAGACUGUUUCCAAGACAACAACCAACCAAAGUGAGAAAGAAAUCUGGGAAACAGGGAUGGUUGGUUACUAUAAUGAGGAAAAAACUACCUCAAAUGUCCAAGUUAAAGGUGUUUGGAUUGCUACUGAAUCUGGAGAAUUAUGUUUUAAUUCUCAAAUUUUAUCCCCCUCCUCUUUUACUUCUGAGGAUAAGUCCAUUUGGCUUCUAGACACAGGAUGUAGCACUCACAUUUCAUGUAAUAGAGAAUCGUUCUCUAACUUUAGACCAUCCACAAAUAAUGGUACUAUUAGUGGUGUAGCCGGUGCUGUUAAAAUUAGAGGUUAUGGUGAUGUUCGGGUUGGCAAAUUAACUCUUUGUGAUGUUGCUUAUGUCCCUGACUUACAGGUUAACUUAAUUUCCAUUCGUCAAGCCUCUAAGAAGGCAGGUUGUUCUUUUUCUUUUGAUGAAACUGGUGCUUAUGUAUUAUCUGCUAACAACAAAUUGACCAAGAUUGGAAGUCUGUACAAGAAACUGUAUGUUCUCGAUCAAUCCUUAUCCAAGAUUGAAGAAACGCAAAUGUCAUUUGUUGCCAUUAGUGAUCCCUUACUUCCUUCUGAUGUGAAACCUGUUUCAACUGCUAUUCGCUGGCAUGCCCGUUUUGGCCAUCCCGGUUUGGAUAGGUACAAUACUGUUGUUAGACAAUUCUCACUUCCAAGGAUUGUUCCAGAGCAAACUUCCGUGUAUCCUACGUGUGCUCUUGCUAAGGGCGUAAUGCGUAAAGGUGAGCCAUCUGAAACCAAACUCACCUGUCCGUUACAAUUAGUUCAGGUUGAUUUAUGUGGUGGCUUUCGCUAUAAGGAAUUUGAAGAUAACAAAUAUUUUAUGACAAUUCGUGAUGCGUUUCCUAGAUAG